UCAUUUUGCUCUUCCCUGUCCUUCAAUUGAAUUUUCACCCAUAUGCAGUGACGCACAUACCUAAUUAAUUUAAGACGAAAUAUAUAUAUUCCGGCCGGCCGAUCCGACUUGCAGGCUAGCCCUGGAAGGAGGAGCGGGCCGGAGCUAGCUGACAACGUCAAGGAAAAGGCAUAACCUUAAUUAGUAAUAAGUACAGGUAAUAUAUAUGAUGUCUGCUCCGCCACCGCCGAGUUCCGGGCCGGAAAUCGAUGUGGAGAAACUGGGGCAGACGGUGGCGUGUUGGUCGGAGACGAUAUACAGGUCCAAUGGCGUAUGGGAAGGCCCCGAUCCACUCACACCCAUCAUUCCUUUCUUCCUCCUCCAAAUCACCGUCGCCCUCCUCGCCUCUCGCCUUCUCAACUUCGCCCUCAAACCCUUCAAUCAGCCUCCCCUCGUUGCUGAAAUUCUUAGUGGAAUGGUCUUGGGGCCAAGUGUGUUUGGAAGGAUAGAUGGGCUCCGAAGGCUACUCUUCCCCAACUACCAUUUUGAAGUACUGGAGACGAUGGCUCAUUUUGCCCUCGUCUUCUACGCCUUUAUCACGGGACUCCAAAUGGAAAUAAAGCCCAUGUGGCAAAGCACCGGAACCAAAUCCAAGGUAGUCGCCUUUUCAGGAACGCUCUGUCCUUUCCUCAUCGGAACAAUCCUAUUCUUCAGCCUCCCCAAUGAGGCUGACAACUGGUCUGGGUUCAUAUACUGCGGUGGCGCCCUCACCGUCACCGGCUUCUCAGUCUUGGCAAAGAUUCUUGAUUCCCAAAAGGCCCUCAACACCGAGAUCAGCAAAUUGGCUUUGUCCUCCUCAGUCAUCAACGACGGAUUGUCAUGGGUUUUUCUAGCCAUAGGACUGAUGGCGACAGGCAGCUCAUCGAACUUUCCGUGGGCGGUGUUAUGCUCGGUCGUAUAUGUGAUAUUCUCAACCCAGUAUUUACGCCCGACCCUGCAAUGGAUCGUCCAGAAGAAGUCGGUGGGUCAAGGGGGGUAUAGCGAGUUCUACAUCUGUGCCACCCUCGUCGGGAUGUCGAUGUCCGGGUGUGUCAUGGAUGCAAUCGGUACCCACCCAAUGGUCGGGGCAUUUUUAUUCGGGCUCAUCAUGCCCGCCGACCUCCUCGGGAAUGAGAUCCUCAACAGGCUUGAGGAUUUCGUGAUGGGGAUCUUGAUGCCGGUUUUCUACGUGGUUUGUGGGCUGAGAACGAAUAUUGGCACAAUUAGCGAGGGUGGAACCAGCCUCGCUAUGGCCUUGGUGCUCAUCGCAUUGGCAUGCUCGGCGAAGAUUGUGAGCGCGCUUGUCGCGUCUUGUUUCACCGGUGGCAUGACGGCCAAGGAGGCCAUCGGUGUUGGCAUGCUCACCAACACCAAAAGCGUCAUGGUUAUGGUCAUUCUCGAAGUGGGGCAAGUGGAACAAGUUUUGACAACGCAAGCAUACACAAUCAUGGUGAUUGCAUCUCUAGUGAUGACAAUGCUUGUCACGCCCAUGACCGCCCUCUUCUGCCCCUCUCAAAACUCAGAGCCCUACAAGCGGCGGACCAUACUGAAGGCCAAACCAGAAGACGAGCUCAGAAUCAUGACCUGCAUCUAUGACUCCAUCAAUGUUCCUGGUGUUAUCAGUCUCCUUGAAUCCUCAAAUCCCACCAAAGCGUCCCCCAUCACCGCCUUCGGCAUCCAAGUACUUGAGGUAGUCGGGCGAGCGCCGAUGAUGCUUGUUGUCCACACUUCAGGCUCCGGCAGGCGUGCCGCCACUUCCGUAGGGCACAAAAACCUGACACACGAAGAGGCACAGACCAACCAAAUCAUAAGCGCCUUUGACAACUAUGAGCUCCGAUCCGAAGGGGUCAGCACUCAGGUCUUGACGGCUAGGUCGACUUUCUCCACCAUGGAAGAAGACAUUUGCAGAAUUGCUAAGGAGAAGCGGGCGACUCUCAUCAUCCUUCCAUUCCACAAGCAACAACGAGGAGACGACGGAGAGGAUGAAACUAUUCUUAACCCGGCCAUUCAGAGCGUGAACGAGGAGGUUCUAGCGUCCGCCCCAUGUUCCGUUGGAAUCUUGGUUCAACGAAGGGGGGGUCGUUCCGAACCCUCGAGGAACAUCGCGAUGUUGUACCUUGGUGGCCCGGAUGACAGGGAGGCUUUAUCGUACGCACGCCGGAUGUCAGGCCACGCAGAUGACGUUCAUCUGACCGUCAUUAGGUUCAUCCCCGGGAAAGAUGCUGCUGAGGCAGCGGAGAAAGACGGUGGCGGCUUCGUGACGAUCGGUAUAAACGAUGUCGAGAGGGAGAAACUAGCGGACGAGGAAUUUCUCAAUGGCUUCAAAACCGAGACCGCGGAGAAUCCGGCGAUUACGUUCGUGGAGUUGGUGCUGGAGGACGAGGAGGAGUUCACAAAGGCUUUGAAAUCACUGGAUCACCGAAACCACGACCUGUACGUGGUGGGCAGGGGGAGAGGCGUGGGGUCAUCGCCGCUGACGUCGGGGCUAGCCGAUUGGUGCGAGUGCCCGGAGAUUGGGGCGGUGGGGGACCUGCUGGUGACGUCGGAGUUCGAGUCGUCGUUCUCGGUGCUAGUGGUGCAACAGUAUGCUCGGACCAAUGGAAGCGCGGCGGGGUCGAUGAUCUCGGCGGAAUCGAUGAGCCAGAGAAUGGAUGCGGAGAUGCAGAUGGAUAUGGGGUUCCGGCUCUCGUUUGCUGACAUCGAUGGAAUUUAUGACUCUUCCGGUUCCAGCUUUACCCGACGGCCCGAUCAUCAUUUUGUUUGAUGCAUGGAAGCUGUCAGAUUUUUUUAGCACGUGCCACUCCAGUGUGUGAUUGAUUUUAUUGAGGACGGGGCUGAUUGUUUUUUUUGUUUGGUUUUUCUCCAUCUUCAAUCGCUUGUACAUUUAUUUACUGCAUACAAAGUAUAAUAAAAGUGAAUCCAGUUUU